AUGUAUACAGAAGAUGAAGCCAAGAAGCUUGGAGUGGUUGGAUGGGUGAAAAAUACAAGGCAGGGGACCGUAGUGGGCCAGGUACAAGGUCCCGAAGACAAAGUCAGCUCCAUGUAA